CGUUCGCGCACCCGGAGCUCGCGCCUGCGCCUCGUCGCCAUUCGGGAGGCCGCCUUGCCGCAGGACCUCGCGGAGCCGCCUCGGACCGCGAUCCCGGCCUCCCGCACUCCUUCCCCGCCUGGACGCCGCCCGCGGCCCACCGGUUCAACUGCUCAUCUUUGUCCUUUUUCAUGCACUACACACUGUCUUCUGUGGUUUAGUCGAAAAGACAUGUAGACUUGCCUGCCCUUUAGAGACCACUUUUAAGACUUCUAGUAAGACAGCUGAAACACAGAAACCUGGCCCAGUUGUUUCCAGAAUCACCAAAACAUGUACCUCUCACUUCCCUGGAGUCUGGCCCUGUUGUUUCUCCUGAACCACAGACACCUUCUCUUCCUUAAAUGAAAGCUCGUUGCAGAAAAAACAUGCUUAAUAUCUCAUUUGUGUAGAAUGUGUAAACAUAGACCUUCUCUUCGGUGACACAUGAGUACAGUGGCUACCCCUGGGGAGUGAUACUUUCACUGUUUUUAAAGAAUAUAAUCGUGUAUGUUAGAAAAAUGGAAGUAUUCCAGGAACUUCAUAAGCCAUCGGCACGUUUGGAGUGUGACCACUGCAAUUUCAGAGGCACAGAUUAUGAAAAUGUACAAAUCCACAUGGGUACCAUCCAUCCAGAAUUUUGUGAUGAAAUGGAUGCUGGUGGGUUAGGUAAAAUGAUAUUUUACCAGAAAAGUGCAAAGCUAUUUCACUGCCAUAAAUGCUUUUUCACCAGCAAGAUGUACUCUAAUGUAUACUAUCACAUCACAUCCAAACAUUCAGCCCCAGAGAAAUGGAAUGAGAAACCAAAAAAUCAGUUAAACAAAGAAGCAGAUCCUGUGAAAAGCCCUUCUGUUCCUGAACACCAGAAAAUGGCCUCUAAUUCAGCAGAACUCCUGAAACCUAUACCUGCCCUUUCCAUAGAAACACAGAAAUUUGGCCCAGUUAUGUCUCCAGAAUCACCACAACCUACUCCUCUUCCUUCCCUGGACUCUGAGAAACUGGGCCCUGUUGUUUCUCCUGAGCCACAGACACCGUCUCUUCCUUCUCCCGAGCCUCCAAAACCUGCCCCUGUUUCUUCUCCUGAACUUCCAAAACCAGUCCCUCUUGUGUCUGAAUCUCAGAAACCAGGCCCUGUUCCUUCUCCAGAGCCACAGAAACUUGCUCCCGUAUCUCCUGAGCCAGUAAAGGCAACUCUUACUAAUCCCAAACCCCAGAAACACUCCCAUUUCCCAGAAACAUUGGGGCCACCUUCAGCCUCAUCUCCAGAGUCACCAGUUCUGGCUGCCUCCCCUGAACCUUGGGGACCAUCCCCAACUGCGUCUCCAGAGUCUCGGAAGCCAGUCCGGACUGUUUCCCCUGAGCCAAGGAAGCUGUCCCCAUCGGAGUCUCCUGAACCUUGGAAGCCAUUCCCUGCUGUGUCCCCAGAGCCUCGGAGACCAGCCCCAGCUGUGUCACCAGGUUCUUGGAAGCCAGGGCCACCUGGGUCCCCCAGGUCUUGGAAAUCCAGUCCGUCAGCAUCAUCAGGACCUUGGAAGCCAGCUAAACCUGCUCCAUCUGUGUCUCCUGGACCUUGGAAACCAAUUCCUUCUAUAUCACCUGGACCUUGGAAACCAACUCCAUCCAUGUCCCCUGCGUCCUGGAAGUCUUCAUCAGUCUCACCUGGUUCCUGGAAAUCUCCCCCCGCAUCUCCUGAGUCGUGGAAGUCUGGCCCACCAGAACUCCGAAAGACAGCUCCCACCUUGUCACCUGAACAUUGGAAGACAGUUCCUCCAGUGUCUCCUGAGCUCCGUAAAUCAGGACCUCCCUUGUCUCCUGAGCUUCGCAAACCAGGCCCACCACUGUCCCCAGAGAUCCGUAGUCCAGCGGGAUCUCCAGAGCUCAGAAAGCCCUCAGGGUCUCCAGAGCUUUGGAAGCUUUCCCCUGAGCAGCGGAAAACUUCUCCUGCUUCACUUGAUUUUUCUGAGUCCCAGAAAGGUUCCCGUGCUGGUUCCCCUGAUCUCUGGAAGUCUUCCUUUUUUAUUGAACCUCAGAAACCUGUCUUCCCUGAGACCCGGAAACCAGGUCCUUCUGGGCCAUCUGAGUCCCCUAAAGCUUCCUCUGAUAUCUGGAAGCCUGUUCUCUCUAUUGAUGCUGAGCCUAGAAAACCUGCCCUGUUUUCUGAGCCUACCAAAACAGCCCCUCCUGCUUCUCCUGAACCACGAAAACGUGCUCUUUUUCCAGAGCCCCGGAAACAUGCCCUUUUCCCCGAACUUCCCAAAGCUGCUGUCUUCUCAGAAUCUCAGAAGGCAGUUGAGCUUGGUGAUGAACUACCGGCAGAUGCCAUAGACGAUCAAAAGUGUGAUGUUUUGGUUCAGGAAGAACUACUAGCUACACCUAAGAAACUCUUAGAAGACACUUUAUUUCCUUCCUCAAAGAAGCUCAAGAAAGACAACCAAGAGAACUCGGAUGCUGAGCUUAGUAGCAGUGAGUAUAUAAAAACAGAUUUGGAUGCGAUGGAUAGUAAGGGCCAAGAAUCGAGCAGUGAUCAAGAGCAGGUUGAUGUGGAAUCUGUUGAUUUUAGUAAAGAGAACAAAAUAGACAUGACUAGUCCAGAGCAGUCCAAAAAUGUCCUGCAGUUUACUGAAGAAAAAGAGGCUUUUAUCUCUGAAGAAGAGAUUGCAAAAUACAUGAAGCGUGGAAAAGGAAAGUAUUAUUGCAAAAUUUGUUGCUGUCGUGCUAUGAAAAAAGGUGCUGUUUUGCAUCAUUUGGUUAACAAGCAUAAUGUCCACAGUCCUUACAAAUGUACAAUUUGUGGAAAGGCUUUCCUUUUGGAAUCUCUCCUUAAAAAUCAUGUAGCAGCUCAUGGGCAAAGUUUACUUAAAUGUCCACGUUGUAAUUUUGAGUCAAAUUUUCCAAGAGGCUUUAAGAAACAUUUAACUCAUUGUCAAAGCCGGCAUAAUGAAGAGGCAAAUAAAAAGCUAAUGGAAGCGCUGGAAGCUCCCCUGGAGGAGCAGCAAAUUUGAUUUUUAAAUGCAGUGUGGAUAUAUGCUCCACAGAGUUUUUUAUUGAACCCAUUGUUGAAAGUAUAGUUAAAUAGCCUAGUUGGAUCAGUAGAUGUUGACAUGUAUGGUGUACUGUGUCUCAGUAGUGUUACAAAGCAUAAGCAUUUGGUUAUUUUUUUCUUGAUCUUUGUUUAUGUGGUUGUUGUGUAAGUCAAUAAAUUCAUAUUGUAUAUUCCAGAUGGGUAAAAUUAAUUUCAGUAUAUUUGAAUAAUACGAAGAGGUAGGCAUUCCAUUUAACAAUCAAGAGCAAGUUGUACUCAAUUUAAAACAUCUAGUUAAAGUGUAUCUUACUGUGCAACUAAUUUCAGACAUUGGAAAUUAUUUGUUAGAAUGUUUAAGAAUUAGGCAUGAAAUUUUUGAGAAAUUUUGUUCUCAAGUAUUUUCACAUCAAAAAUUAUUUUAAAGUUUCUAUUUGGUCAUAUAAAAUUAUUUAUAAGUCUUGAACCCCUUCUAGGUGUUUAUUAACUUUUAUAUUAUGGAAGAUUGGAGUCUCGGGGUUGCUGAAUUUCUGCUAAAAGAGGGGAAAUUGAGUCCGUUUAAAAAAUAGUUUGCAGCCUUCUCCUGUAGGAAACUGAGAAACAUGAGUGUGAUUUUAGGCCUUGUCUUUAGUUGUUUCCUUUAGAGUCUUCCAUUCUGGACCUUACCCCAAGAUCUGGCCCUUCACUUCCCUGUGAGCUCAAACCAACAGAUGAUCCUUAUUUGCCAAAUGUGUUAGGGUUGCACCUCCUACUCCUGGGCCUUCCGCACCAUCUGUCGGGGCUUCAGACCAGGGUAAUGAGCAGAACUGAAAGUCUUCCGGAUUCACAACAAAAAAUUUUAUAAAUAGACAUUACUGUUUAGGAGUACAUCAGUUUUAUGUUUUUCACAGUUGUUACUGUAAAUACCUUGUGCCUGUUAAUGGAUUAUUUUAUUCUAAAAUAUUUUGUCAAA